AUGACCCGCGGUAAGCAGCGCGAGCUCGCCUGCCAGAAGAUUAUGAAAAAGCAGAGCAACUCGGUUAAGGGACAGCGCCGAGAUGACGGGCAUUCUGCUGCCGCCCGCAAGCAGAGGGACUCGGAGAUCAUGCAGCAGAAGCAGAAAAAGGCAAACGAGAAGAAGGAGGAACCCAAGUAGCUUCGUGGCUUCGUGUCCAGCCCUCUUGCCCUUCGCCUGUGUGCCUGGAGCCAGUCCCACCACGCUCGCGUUUUCUCCUGUAGUGCUCACAGGUCCCAGCACCGAUGGCAUUCCCUUUGCCC